AUGGCUCCUGCAAGGACCAAGAAGAAGGUCUCGGACCAGUCUGUUGCGCAAGCGAAGCGCCAAGGCACCACAACAGGGACCCAAGUUGCCGUCAAAAGCCCCUCGACACCUGGUGAUAGAAGCCCGAUCAGGAGACGCAGGAUGGCGCUCAGUGCUCCGCAAAAACAGGCAUUGAUUGACAAUCUCCAGCUCGAAAUUACCGAACGCGCCAGGCGACUUCGAGCUCAGUAUCAACUUCAAGCACAAGGUCUGCGUUCCCGGAUCGAGAUCAGAAUCAACAGGAUACCCAUGGCUUUACGAAAGCUGAAGAUGGGCGAUCUCUUACAAAAGUAUGCCCAACAGGAGCAACACCGAAUCGCUGCCGAACGUCCUCCUGUUCCUGCCAAGGACACGCCUCGAUCCACUCGGCAACCAAGUGUGCCGUCUCGUGUAAUGCCGGCAAGACGCGGCAGCAAGCGGAUGAGCAAUGCGAUUUCUGGUGACAAGGAAAACGAGGUGGAAAACAUGGACGCCAACAAGAAGCGCUUCCACCUGACCCAAGCGGAUACCGGACGGCCCAGACCUGCUCAGGUCUUAUCGCCAACUACAUCGAACUCUCGGCUGGUAAAUCGGGAUCGACCUGCCUCACCGAUCAAGUCUUACAUCGCCCGACCGGCCUCGCCGUUCAAAGCUCCCAACGCAUCACGCGCUGCUGCUGCGACUAGUGUCCUAUCCAGCAUGGUGGAAAAAGCCAGGGCUACUCGGGCGAGAGGGACCAGAAAGGUCACCACUGCAUCAGAAAUCAGCUCUUCAUCAAACGGAACCGCAGCGACUGGGAGGACACGACGUCCUGUCGGCACAGCGGCUUCAAGGGCCCCAGCCUCUCGACCGGCUACUCGCGCUGGGCAUCGUGUUAGUAGCACGAGUGAGACCAGCGAAGCUAGUGCCGGCACAGUGGUUAGGAAAGCAAGUACUUCCAGGAAGACUGGAGGGCCCGCCACCAGGACAACGGUCAUGAAAACAAUCCGAAAAGGUGUCGCAGGCGACACGAAAAGAGCAGCGGCGUCUUCGAAGCCAGCAGCAACGACCACUACAGCAAACGCAACGGGCCGAGUCCUGAGAAAGCGUGGCUAG